UGAUUUGAAUAAUUAUGCCUUUAGUAUGCACGGUGCUCUAGGUCAGACCAUGUAUAGCUUAUAGCAUGCAUUUUCUUUUAAGCAUGCGCAUGCGAGAUAUUUUCCCCGCGGUGUAUGAGCCGACUUGCCGCCCCGCCUGAUUCCGGUGGCUUGGCAAAGCAGAUAACAGUGAAUAAUACGAGACUUGUGUAAAAGAGGACUGCAUGACAGCAAGGUUUUACAUGUCUAGGUCACGAGGAUGGUCGGUAUAAGUGCUAAUUAUUUUACCAUACGUGAAAAGGACGCAGAGACUCACUUCCCGAGUUGCUAGUGACGGUUACAAGCAGUCUGACAUUUUAGAAAAAAAAAGAAAGAAAAAAAGCUAAAUGAUACGUUUAGUGCGGGCAGGAGCAGUCGUUAGUCCCACGGUUCCUUAGUACGGGUAUUAAUGGGCGUUUAACACAGCCGCCCUACAUCAGAGUGCGCAUGCGCGCUCAUCGCACGGAUAACCACCCCAGGUAGAGCACCACAUAGCAUCACGAUUGAGUCGAAGAUGUUAUUCCGUUAAGAUCACCUUCGCGGAGUAACGGUGGUAGUUUUCGCCGGUCGCCUAACAGUAGCGUCACAAUCGGUUACGGCGUGUGAUUGAUUGUAAGGCUCGCAAUCACUCGGUGACGACGUAUAUAGUGUGCGGCAGAAUAAGUAUCGGCAUAAAAACAGCACUCUGACCUUCUCGGCGCGGCGGAGUGUGUUCUUCUCUACUCGUCCCUCUCUGCGCCUGUCAUCCUGCGCUAGCGACGGCCCUCAACGGCCCGUAGCCUCAUAAAUCUCGUCACAGGCACACACGCAAGAUGCACGGGUGCGUUUGUGCGAUGCUGCUGGUCGCGGUGACACAGGUAGCGCUGAUUCCACUUGCAGCUGGACAAGGCUCCCUCAAGCCGACAGCGCAUGUGAGUUGUGAUCGGCCCGAUGGCUUGACGGUGCACGUGAACACAGAGACACACAAUAUCGGUCGCGUGUACGCGAAGAGUGCGUACGACACCCCGGAAUGUUCCAUGGUCCCGUCUGGCGAGAAUGAAGCCUCGUUGUUCAUCCCGUUCACGAAAUGCGGAACGGAACAGGAUGGGAAUUCCUAUUUCAACGUGAUUGUGAUAGCCAGAACGGGAAAGCUGGUAACGGACUCGGACGUUGCCUACAUGGUACAAUGCUCAUUUGACACCGAGGAGAAGACAGUCACUAGUUCUUCAGUAAAUAUAGGAGGUAGCGCAGUGGGCGCUACGCGACUGAAUGGCACGGGUGACAGUGCCGAAAUUAUUCUCACGAUCUACGACUUCAAGGCAGGAAUGACAACGCAGAGUCUAAUCCUUGGAGAGAAGUACCGACUUGACGUCGACAUUGACAAUGGAGUGAAAUAUGGAGGAAUCGUGAGGAAUUGCCUUGCAGUGGGUGUAGAUGGAGCGAGAUACCGCCUAUUAGAUGACAACGGGUGCCCGACAGAGCCGGAUCUAUUUCCGAUCCCUCAGCUAGAUGCCAGCUUCAGCAGGAAUGGCGACCACAUCUACAUCUCUGCUCCGUUCCAUGCAUUCAAGUUCCCGGGCAGCAACGCGUUGCUGUUUCAGUGCGACGUGAAGCUGUGCGCUGGACAGUGUGAACCGGCGUCUUGUGACGGCGAGCAGAGCUAUGGGAGAAAAAAGCGAUCUGUAAAGCAAAACAACGAUAAUGUCUCUGAUGAGUAUACAAUCUCCAGUGGCUUCACCGUUUACGAUAGUAAGCUUCAACGCCUAAGACGUGUCGACGAGACAACCCCUCCUGAAAGCAGGGAAACAAGCAGUGUCUGCUUCCUGAUCGCAGUCGUGCUCGGUUGCCUCUUCCCAAUCUCGUGUGUGGCAAAUCUGCUCCUGUUUGGCAGAGACAGACUACGGCGAAGGCAAGAGAAAAACUGUUUCUGCAGCAAAACAGCCAACUGAUGGCUUUCAGCGUAUGCAAUUUGCUUACGUGUAUUUAUACAUAAUAUGUUAGCCUUAUUUUUUUAAGCCCAGUGCCGAAAUUAUUGGGUAACUAUAUUAGCCAAUAAUCGUUUGUUAAUUAUAAUUCAUCGUUAAAUAUUGAUAAUUAAUAAUUAGCAUGCUGUACUAUCGAAUACUUAUGGACAAUGCUGAGUAUCCUCAAUCUGCUAUAUGUUGUUCAUCGUAUUAUAUAAAAAAUGAACAAGAGUUGUUACGUCUUGUACAUUUUUAGUCAUACGUAUAUCUUUGUCGAGAUCUGAGCAGAUUUCAGUUUUCUUAUAGCGGCGCUGCUUGUGUUAACUAUGCCGGCCAACAUGGCGUGAUUUAUUUGCAUAUACAUGUAAGUAGAGUGAUCCACAUUUAUAACGUGCAGGAUUAGGUAUGCACGUUAGAAUCUGAGAGUAUUGCUGCUAUAAUAGAUAAGAGGUUUACAAUAACAAAUAUUGUGGAAACAUGCGAAUAUGAUUUAUACGGUAUUCAUCACUAUGUAUGCGGUAAAGCAGUGAAAAUGUCUAGCGUGUGAUAUAGUUAUAUAGGUAGGCCCUAUACUAGCAUAUAUUAUUAUAAAUAAACAGACGAAUGCCUAUCUGACGCACUGAAUACAUAUGAAGGCUGUAAACUAAUAAAACUAUUCUACGUA